AUGGCAGAAAAUGAAGAAGAACGAAUAUUGCGAUGGCUUGAUGAGUGUGAUAGUGACUCGGACUAUGGCGACAACUGCUCCGAGCAUAUUGAUCACCACUCAGUGUCUGAAAUAAGCGAAUUGGAGGAUAGCUCAGAGGAAGCAUUACGUUUCGACACUGCGAGAAGUUUCUCUGAGAUUGUUCCUCAAAAUGACGAGCUCAUUCAUGGUGAACCACUACCACCACCACCACCACCACCACUAUCACAAUCACGUGGUUUAUCCAGAGGUUACCAGUACAGACGUAAUCAGUUUAAAUGCUCGAAGAUGCCCUAA